UAUUGGUAGCUGCACUAACUGUCUAGUGUUGUAAGUAUGACAGAGAAAAAAAUCGGUGUCUUUGUUGUUGGUAUGGAGGCGAGCCAUAUGUUGGUACCGGUGGCUGAUACGUUUGAAGAGUUUGGUAAAAUGACUAUUGCAGAUUUGAAAAGCAAAAUUCAUGAACGCAUACCUGAAGUGGAGACAGAGAGAAUGCGAUUACUAUUUGCAGGAAAGCAAUUGGAGGAAACAAGAAAUGGCGACAUCAUGACGCUUGCAGACUACAACUUGCAGAAAAACUCGACGAUACAGCUCGUGGUGCGCUUACCAGGUGGAAUUUCUUUUUCGACUCUGAAAUUCCGACUCCAGUUGACAAUGAGUACUGAGCGUGUACCACGUCCUCCUUUGCCUGAGGUCGAGAAGCAAUACCGGCAGUCUGAUAUUUCACUCAAGUUUACCGACAAAAAAUGCGAAAUCACUGGAGAUGACGACACGCCAUCUCCACGCGCUCUCAUGUCGUGUGGACACGCUGUGGAUCCCAAUGCUUUGACUAUUUGGUGCAGAAGUCUACUCGACAAAAUGCGAUGGGAAUUUUACUGUCCUGCUAUUGUAGGCGGGGGAACGAAGCAAUGCAAACAGCAAUGGCCGUACGAAGAGGUGAGACGUCUCGCUCUCCUGAACGAAGCUGAAACAAAGUAUUUUGAAGCCAAAAUGUCUGAGUACGCAGCCAAGAAUUAUUGUGAUGUGAAAGAGUGUCCUGGAUGUCGCUCGUUUGUUGAACGAGAAGAUCUGUCAAACCUGAGGGUCAAGUGCAUCAUUUGUACGAAGAAAAACAACUCAAUGUAUGAAUUCUGUUGGAAUUGCGAUGCCGAGUGGUCAGGACCGGUCACGUCGGCCGAACGAUGUGGAAAACCUGGCUGUCAACAUCCUGAUCUAAAGAAGAUACUCGAUCCACCUCUAGUCCAGCUUGUAAGUGGCAAAAUACAAAACGUGCCAUCUCGCAGGGCUUGCCCCAAUUGUGGAUACGUGGUUGAACACGAUACGACUGGCUGCAAGUACAUGACAUGUACACGGUGUCGCAAGGAGUAUUGUUUUGCUUGUCUCGAUAUGAAAGCAGAUUGUCGAAAGCAGAGCGACUGGUUUUCAGCUUGCAGCAAGAGGGUUGCUCCCGUUCAAACUCGAAUUCCUGUAUGGAAACGAACCGCAACUUCUCAUUCCAGCACAACCUGAGCACAACAGAAACACAGUCUAGCUAGUAACUAGAAUUGUUUCAGUUUGCUAACACUUGCUCGAGCUCACUAGCUCUAGACACCAGAUUGUUGAUGUUGAUGUUGAUGUUGAGUGUGUUGAUGUUAGUAGGCAUGGUUAGAUAGCUAGAUGACACUUUUAGCCUUUAACUCGGACUGUCAUAAUAGCAGGUGUUGCGUUGGCAUUAGUUUGAGAGUGCAUGGCUAACUCCUGUGUACGGACGUAAACGCGCGCGAUCAGCGAAGCUGUACAGCA